AUGCCUCUAGCUAGCAAGAUAUGUGGAUCGCAAUCCUCGCAAGUGAUACAGGCAACGGAUUACAUUUACACGUCCCACAGCUACGAUCAGAUCACAUUCACAAUACCCGACAACAGCUCGUACGAGGUGUAUGUUCUUCAAGAAGCUCCCCUGCUUCGAUACGUUUACAUUCAGCACAACGUAAAAGUAAACUCGAUCCUCAUCGAACAGUGUGCCAUGGUCAGUGUACCAAGAACGAUCCGCAAUGCGCCGAAUCUGUUGUUCUUGACUAUCAGAUCCUGUCGCAUACGACAUCUUGAUCUGAACGAUUUGGCACUUUUGCGGUCAUUACGUGAUAUCGAUCUUACCCACAACCAAAUCGUGUCGAUAAUGGGACCUCCGGCUGAUGUAGUACUUCCUGUUCGAAGGCUUUAUCUGGCGUACAACAAAAUACGCCGCCUGGAUGGGAAUGUGUUGCAUGCGUUACAAGAACUGAGCUGUCUAGUGGUGGAAAACAAUCGAUUAGAGGAGUUCCCCACCAACCUAAGCUUACCCGCAGUGGAGGAGUUGUCCCUACGUCACAACAGACUCAACACGCUUAACUGCACCGACUGGCAUAUGCCUGAUCUGAAGUAUCUCUACUGCAACCACAACCGCCUCACAUCCGCUCCGAUCGAAUGGCAAUCGAUCUGGCGGAUAGAUACGCUAGAUCUUUCGUUCAAUCGACUGCACAGCUUCCGGAUGGACGAUGCCUAUCUCACCCAGCUUCAUAUUCUUAAUCUGGCCGCAAACGAGCUGACGAAUGUGAUCACCUCGCAGAAACAUUUGCGCAUUCCACUGGAGCGACUGCAGCUCGGCCAUAAUCGGCUCAACGUGCUGGACAUUUCCCGCUGGGGUAUGCCAAAUCUUUGGGAGUUAGAUGUGGGUGAAAAUCAGCUUACGGAGCUAGGGGAUGUUUUUAUGCGAUUUCCCGCCCUUGACAGCAUGAUGAUACUGCGCUCUAACAAUUGGUCCUGUACAUGGUUAAAGCGUGUCCAUCCGGAUGAUAUGGUGCGCAGAAAUUAUGGUUGUUUGCGUACAAAGCGGAGCUGUCCGGAAGGAAGACUAAUGGUGCAGGAGGACGCGUGGAUUUGCUGUUGGUGA